CGCACGGCAUGGAGAAGAAUAAAACGGAGCAGCGUAACGGGAAUCAUCACAUAACCAGAAGAGCUUCGCUGAUCGUUCAUCGCAGGAUCAAAGGAAGAGAGAGAGAGAGAGACUCGAAGCCGAACCCGGUGAUCCCGUUUUAUUGAACGGGAGAAGCCACAAAGCACAAGCGGGCGUAUAAGACGCCUGAUCAGGGGAGAGAGAGAGAGAGAGAGAGAGAAAGAGAGAGAGGGAGAAAGAGAAAGGCAGCAUUUCGUCGAUCAAAGCUCGCAGUUUCGAUCGCUCACUUCUCCCUCUUGUUCUUCUUGAAGAGUAAAAGAAGACGAUUCCAGAGGAAAAGAAAUCUGGAUACUGCGGUUCUUCCUCCGAUUUUCCUUCUUCGAUUGUUUGGAGUAAAUUUCUGCUGUUAAAUUCCAUUGGGAUUAGGAUUGAUCGACGGAUUUGAAAAUAUUUGUAGCCUUUGAAGAGUUCCCGGGACCAACUGAGGAGGAGAUUGCAGGACUUGAUCUUGAGGGUCGUACGAUGCUGAUGUUCUGAUGAAGGCGAGUCCUCCGUUUUGAUUCAAGGCUCUCUGAGUACUACUACGCCGUUCUGUUAUCAACCAGCAAAGAUCCAAGACCUCCCAGGGACGACCCUUUCAAGAUCAUUAAUGCUGUGAUCUCCUUCCUAUUUCCCUUUUCGAACUGAUUUUCCUUUAGACCUGUUUGGAGUCUUAAUUACAAUUGGAUCAGAGUGGAUCAAUGUUCAUCAGCUUGAAUCAAAGAAUCGAAACAGAAGAAGAUCAAGAAAUGUCAAUGGUGGCAGUGAUCCUUGACUAUUAUUAUGCAUCCCAGUUCAUUGGCAAUUCUUUUUCUUCGAAUUAGUUCAUUUGAUGUACUCUGUUAUUACAGGAGAUGGAAAGCAAGCCAACUGGGAAUCAUCACCGCGUGCGAGGCACGGGAAGAGGCGGAGGAGCAGUUGAAGCAUUACCUAAUAGCAGCAACCACAACGAGAGUCUACCGACGCCGCCGGAGUUGCUGUUGCAGUGGGGGAGCCGUAAGCGGCUACGGUGCAUCAAGUUCCAGCACAAGGACAACGAUGCCGCCACCGGCAACCAGCCUACCGCUACCACUGCAGCCGCCGCUCGCGCCGACCGUGCUCUUCGAAGAGCCACCUCGGCCCCCUACAAACAGGCGCUCAGGAAUAAUUUGGAGGCGACAGAGGCAGCUGCUAUCAGAGGCAAACGUGGAGUGACAUCGCCGGAGAGGGAGAGGGAGAGGGGCGUGGAAGCCGGGGGAUCGGCGUCGAUGGAUGGGGCUCAGAAGGCGGCAGCGUGGCCUAAGCUGGCUCUGUCGCUGACGAACAAGGAGAAGGAAGAGGACUUUUUGGUCUUCAAGGGUUCCAAACUUCCCCAGCGCCCCAAGAAGCGGGCCAAGCUCCUUCAGCGGACCAUCAACCUGGUGAGCCCGGGGGCAUGGCUUUGUGAUCUGACCUUAGACCGGUAUGAAGUCCGAGAAAAGAAGAUCUCAAAGAAGAAGCCACGGGGUUUAAAGGCGAUGGGAAACAUGGAAAGUGACUCGGAAUAGCAGAUAAGGAGGCUGAGCGAACAACGAAAGAAUAACCAAGAGAUCAAAGUCAUAUAAGAGGGUGGUGAUACACAUGAGUUGUUCGAAGUCUAGGGUACGGAUGUUUCAUCCUGUUAAAAGAUGAGGUGAAGAGUAAAAGGAAAGUAGGAGCAACUAGUGAAAUUUUUUAUGGAUCUAACCCUUGUGCAAAGAGAAACAUGCUCACAGCAGUCGUGUUAUAACACUAGAAAAUGCGGAUAUAGGAUCUGCAAUUCUUUCUCUAUUCGACUUUGUUAUUUCUUUUUUUGGUUAAUGAAACUAUCCGGAUUGAAGAGA